AUUCUUUCCAAUGUAAAGAAGAAAAGAAGCCAAAACAUAGGUGUUUUUGGCAAUUGAAAAUAGCAGCUAUAUUUGCUGAAAGCAUAUCACAAUGGCAGAUAUUUUGGAUAUAUUGGACAUUGAGAUGCCUGGGGCGUCUGAAGUCAGCAGGGACAGUAUAAUUCACGGAGAUAAAGCGAAAAAGAAAUAUGUUACUGCAAAGGCUGUGAAACGACCUGAGGGCAUGCAUCGAGAAGUAUUCGCACUCCUGUAUAAUGACUCUAACAAGGAACUUCCUCCUAUGUUGCCAACUGAUACGGGCAAGGCAUACAAACAAACGAAAGCGAAGUUGGGAAUGCGGAAGGUGAGAAAAUGGGUGUGGGCACCAUUCACAAACCCCGCACGCACAGACAACGCUGUGUUCUACCAUUGGAAGAGAGCUGCCGAUGAAGCGAAGGAAUAUCCAUUUGCACAGUUUAAUAAACAAGUCUCAGUACCUUCAUAUUCAGAAUCUGAAUACAACCAAUACCUGAAGUCUGAAGAUUGGAGUCAAGCCGAGACUGAUCAUUUGAUGGACCUCUGUCAGCGGUUCGAUCUCAGAUUCAUUGUGAUACACGACCGAUGGGACCGGGCCGCGUUCCGGGACAGAAGUGUGGAGGAUUUGAAAGAGAGAUAUUACAAUAUAUGUGCUAUAUUGAGCAAGGUAAAAACAAAUCCAUGGUCCAACACAAGCACAAUGGUAAAUGGUGAAAAGCGAGUUUAUCACUACGACGCCGAACAUGAGAGGAAGAGGAAGGAACAACUGCGGAGAUUAUUUGAAAGGACACAGGAACAGAUCGACGAAGAGCAGAUGCUGUUAGCGGAAUUAAAGAAAAUCGAAGCCAGGAAGCGGGAAAGGGAACGGAAGACUCAGGAUCUGCAAAAACUUAUAUCCAGGGCGGACAGUGGUAACGUGACGGCAAACAACCACGUAGCCAAUAACAACGAGGCCGCUGGCACCCUGGCCAACACGCCCAAUGCUGCGAGGCGGCACGACAAGAAGCUGCAGAAGAAGAAGUUGACCACGCAGCAGAGGCCGGUUAGAGCGGUCGAGGCUGUGACAGUGGAAUGGUCUGGCAUCAAGUUUCCCGAGGCGCGCGGCGCGGGAGUUUCUCUUCGUUCUCAGCGCAUGAAGCUGCCGCCCGGAGUCGGUCGGAAAGCUAAAGCCAUUGAGCAGGAACUUCGGCUUCUCAAUAUUGACGUGUCACCGACGCCUACAGAAGCUAUUUGCAAACAUUUCAAUGACCUAAGAUCGGACCUAGCUCUGGUGUUGGACUUGAAGAGUGCGCUGGUGUCGUGUGAGUUUGAGCUGCAGGCUUUGAGGCAUCAAUAUGAAGCUGUCAAUCCAGGAAAAACAUUGACGAUCCCAGCGUCCAUAUGCAGUUCUACUGACAAUGAAGCAAAACCAAUGAGCGAAAUAAUUGAUGUGGUUGGAUCUCCAAGUGCUCAUAAUAGUACAAUCUGAGACAUUGUAAAUAUAUUGCUUUAGUAAUUAAGUGUUCACUUCAUAUAAACAACAGUCCAACUGAGUAGUUUUACACAGUUUGACUAUUGAGAAAUGGUAAUAAAAUAUAAGCUAAAUGACA